AUGGCCGGAGGAACGAUUUCUCCUGUCUCAGCCAGUGACGAGUACUACGACCUUGGCAUAUUUGGCCAUAAGAUAACCACCACCAGCGCAGAUACUCAGACGUGGUUUAAUCGUGGCCUAACAUGGGUUUAUUCGUUCAAUCAUGUGGAAGGUGCCUAUUGCUUUGAGCAAGCCAUUGCACAUGACCCUUGUUGUGCGAUGGCAUACUGGGGUCUCGCUUACGCAGUUGGCCCUAACUACAACAAGCCGUGGGAGAAAUUCGACCAGGGUGACCUUCACACCUGCGUUCAACGAGGCUUCGAUGCCUCACGGAAGGCCCAAAGACAUGCGGUCAGUGCGACUGACCUCGAGAAAGCUCUCGUCGAGGCCAUUCAAUUCCGUUUUCCGACCAAUGAGCCCGCAAAGGACUACCCAGCAGUCAACAAAAGCUAUGCUGCCGCUAUGAAGCCUGUGUAUGAAGCAUUCGGGCAUGAUCUCGAUAUUGCUACUCUUUAUGCUGAUGCAUUGAUGAAUAUGACGCCUUGGGCCCUGUGGGACCUUUUUACUGGCAAAGCAAACCCUGAAGCCCCCACCAUGCAGGUGAAAGCCGUUCUCGAACGGGCGCUUGCACAGAAAGAGGAUGGUGCAUACUUCAAUCCCGGUCUGCUUCAUCUUUACAUUCACUACAUCGAAAUGUCGCCUACCCCAGAACUGGGAAUCAACCCUGCCGAUCAGCUGCGAGAUCUAAUCCCUGACGCUGGUCACGUCCGUCAUAUGCCCACGCACUUGGAUAUCCUCAUCGGCGAUUGGAGGCGCUCCAUCUCUUCAAACUAUAAGUCUACUCUGGCUGAUGACAAAUAUUUUCAAAAGAAAGGUGCGAAGAAUUUCUACACUUUCUACCGCAUGCACGACUAUCACUCCUUGAUUUAUGCGGCUAUGUUUGCCGGCCAAUCGAAGACUGCUAUCGACGCAGUCACUCGCAUGGAAGCCACACUGCCCGAGGAAGUCCUUCGAAUCGAGUCACCUCCGAUGGCUGACUGGUUGGAACAAUUUGUUCCUACUCGCUUACAUGUGAUGGUUCGCUUUGGCAUGUGGGAGGAGCUUAAGCGCCAAGAGCUGCCCAACGACCAGGAACUAUAUGCAGGUACCACUGCAACUACUCACUAUGCGAGAGGCUUAGCAUAUGCCGCGACUGGCGACGUGGCCUCCGCCAAAAAGGAACAGGAGCUGUUCCGUAAAGCGUACACACGGGUCCCUGAGACACGUCUCUCCUACAACAGUACAAUCGUCGAUGUACUCAAGGUUGCUGAGGCAAUGCUAGAGGGAGAAAUUGAAUAUCGUUGUGCCAACUACGAUCAAUCAUUUGCUUCACUCCGGACUGCGAUCGACAUCGAAGACAAGUUGCCAUAUGCCGAGCCUUGGUCAUGGAUGCAGCCUGUCCGUCACGCGUAUGCCGCCUUGCUAAUGGAACAAGGACAUAUCGAAGAAGCGGCGCGGACUUAUCGUGCGGAUCUAGGCUUUGAUAAGUCUGUUAUUCGGCCACGUCGUCAUCCUAACAAUGUUUGGUCACUCCAGGGUUAUCAUGAGUGUCUGAUUAGACUGGGUAAAACGGACGAAGCGGCUGUUAUUGAAGCGUCGGUUAAGCUAGCUGUUGCUGUUGCCGAUGUCCCCAUCAAGGCGUCUUGUUUCUGUCGCUUGGAUAAUUCCCAUGCGCCUCGGGUUCUUACUGGAAGCUCCGCUGAGGGAAAUUGCUGCUGA